GCUGCCGGAAGACGCCUUUGCUACAGGGACACCUGCUGUGGACUCCUCUCCAAGAUGCUCCCCAUGUCCUUGCUACUGCUUGGAACCGCGCUGCUCUGUGGCCAUGGAGCCUUCGCCCGCCGGGUGGUCAGUGGUCAAAAGGUGUGUUUUCCAGAUCUGAAGCAUCCUUGCUACAAAAUGGCCUACUUCCAUGAAUUGUCCAGCCGAGUGAGCUUUCAUGAGGCCCGCCUAGCUUGUGAGAGUGAAGGAGGUGUCCUGCUCAGUCUUGAGAAUGAAGCCGAACAGAAGUUAAUAGAGAGCAUGUUGCAGAACCUGACAAAACCUGGUACAGGGAUUUCUGAUGGUGACUUCUGGAUAGGACUUUGGAGAAAUGGAGACAGUCAAACAUCUGGUGCCUGCCCAGAUCUCUACCGGUGGUCUGACGGAAGCAGCUCUCAGUUCCGGAACUGGUACACAGAUGAGCCUUCCUGUGGAAGCGAAAAGUGUGUUGUGAUGUAUCAUCAACCUACUGCCAACCCUGGCCUUGGGGGUCCCUACCUUUACCAGUGGAAUGAUGACAGGUGCAACAUGAAGCAUAAUUACAUUUGCAAGUAUGAACCAGAGAUUCAUCCAACAGAACCUGUUGAAAAGCCGUAUCUUACAAAUCAACCAGGAGACACCAGUGAGAAUGUGGUUGUUACUGAAGCAGGUAUAAUUCCCAAUCUAAUUUAUGUGAUUAUACCAACAAUCCCCUUGCUGUUACUGAUAUUGGUUGCUUUUGGAACCUGUUGUUUCCAGAUGCUACAUAAAAGUAAAGGAAGAACAAAAACUAGCCCAAACCAGUCUACACUGUGGAUUUCGAAGAGCACCAGAAAGGAAAGUGGCAUGGAAGUAUAAUAUUUAAUUGAUGUGGCUCUGGAAAAGAAAAUAGUUUUAUAAUUCAGAAUCAGUAUAAGGAAUGACGUCCAUCACAUAUUAGCUUGGAAUGGCUUGAAGUCUCAAAGGAUCUGCAAGAUGAACUGUAAGCUCCCCCUUGAGGAAAAUAUCAAAACGAUUUCUAUAUGUUCAUUAUUUCAGUUACAAAAUAUGCUGUGCUGAUAAUAGAGUGAGACAUGCUUAUUUCACUAAAGGAUGCACCCAACAUUUAUGUAAAUGGAAUGGACCAUGCAGAUGGAAUUUCUGCCAGCACAUCAGGCAUAUGUGUUGAAAGCAGUUACUUUUUUUCACAUUUCAUAACUUGUAAUCUACUUCAUAUAAUGUAAAUUGUAUUGAAAUUUUCAGUGUGCUGAAAUAUUUUACCUUUGCAUAAGUGUUUGAUAAAAUGGACUGCUCUAAUA